AUGGAGCAAAACUUCUUUUUCGUAGACGGCUUAAAUGCCGACAAAACUUCGAAAAAGCUCAUGCGACGACAUGUAAUGAAGGGCAAAAAUGCAGGCAAAACAUUUCAUCGACCAUCGCGGACGAGCCAAAUUGUUCAGUAUCGGCCAAUGGAAAGAAUUCCCAGACCACUCGCGACUCAAUUCUUCAGCUUCCCGUUUCCAGUACCGGUCACGAAAGUUGCUGGGAAAGCGAUAGAUGACUUCUUCAACGUGACAGUCGGGCACGUCUAUCCAGUUCAGUUGGGCUUCUCUGUCGAGAAGGACAAGGUCAAAUGGCUCGAGAUUAUGUUUCGCGAUAAAUCAUGCAAGUAA